GGACUGGGAUGUGUGAGAUUUUGGUAAAUUUCUUGAUUUGGAGAAGUGGGUUUAUUUUUCCGAGUUGAAUUUGCUUGCCCUUGCUGUAUUAAUUUCUGGGUAGAGUGUAAUUUUGAUAAGUAGUUUGAAGAGGAGCAAGAGUGAGUUGAAUUUGUGGAGAGAUAAAUUUGUGUGGGUAGAGUGAAAAAUUGAUGAUCAAGUUCUAAAAGUCCAGGAAAAAGAGGGGUUUUAGAGGAAUGUAAAGUUUUGGAGAAAGAUUGAGAGGGAAAUUCAUAGAUAGGUAGGCUUUGAUGCUUGGGAUGUUCAAUAGCUUUUGGCCAUUGCUGUAGUGAGUUCUGUGCCUGCAAUUGCUCAACCAGCAGAACAGAUAAGGUACCCUGAUAUUUCAGCAUACAUGGCUCGCGGCGGAGAGAUUGUGGAGGAGCCGGUGGCGUGGCAGCAGAUAAUCGAAGAUAUGAUCUAUGUUGCAGUGGGAAAAGAUGUGAAAGAUAGCAAAUCAACUCUGUUGUGGGCGGUACAUAAUUCAGGAGGGAAGAAAAUCUGCAUACUUCAUGUUCACCAGCCAGCUCAGAUGAUUCCCUUGAUGGGGACGAGGUUCCCAGCAAGCUCACUGAAGGACCAGGAAGUUCGAGCAUAUCGGGAAAUAGAAAGGCAACACAUGAAUAAGAUUCUCGAUGAAUACCUUCGUAUAUGUCGCCAAAUGGGGAUUCGGGCUGAAGAAAUACAUACUGAAAUGGACUGUAUUGAGAAGGAAAUUGUGGAACUCAUCUCUCAGCAUGGGAUCAGGAAACUUGUUAUGGGAGCAGCAGCGGACAAGCACCAUUCAAGGAAAAUGAUGGACCUCAGGUCCAAGAAAGCCAUAUACGUCCGCCAACAAGCACCUGUUUCCUGUCACAUACAAUUUAUUUGCAAGGGGCACCUUAUACACACCAGGGAAGGGAAUUCAGAUGGACUUGAUACAGAGAUUCCAUUGCUGCGACCAAGUCCAAACACUGAUAUAGAACAGUCACCGCACCACUUUAGAUCACGAUCUGUUACAAUCAAGCGGAAUAAUCGACCAAAACUCACCAAUCCAGCUCAAGAUUUGUUCCGCAGGGUAAGAUCGAUAAAUUUGGGGAAUGGAAGCAGCACAACAGAUGUCACUUACACAGAUGGUACUGACGGGUUUUCAACUCCAAGAUGUAGUUAUGAACCAGGAGCAAGUCCUGUGGAAUGGGAUCAGGUAUCAAGUAGGAGUGUUUCAGGAUAUUCAACAGGCUCUUCUGCUGGAUUGGGCGAUUUAGCUUUGAUUCAGUAUGAGAAAGCUGAGGGAAGUGAAAAUGGGUCAAGUGACUCACACUCACUUUCUCAUUUUAAAGAUCUUAAUCACUCAUCCCCUCCCAGUGUAUUGGAUGGAAAUGUAGAUGAUACUCUGUACGAUCAUCUUGAACAAGCGAUGUCAGAGGCUGAAAAUGCAAAGAGAGAUGCAUUUCAGGAGGGAAUUAGGCGUGGGAAAGCUGAAAAAGAUGCCAUUGACGCUAUACGGAGGGCUAAAGCAUCAGAGGUCUUAUAUAAUGAGGAGUUGAGACAAAGGAAAGAAAUGGAAGAAGCACUGGCAAAAGAGAGACAAGAACUUGAAAAGAUGAAGAAGCGACGAGAUGAAGUCAUGGAAGAAUUGAGGGCUGCCCUAGAUCAGAAAUUAGUACUUGAGAGCCAAAUUGCAGAGUCUAAUCAGAUGGUCAUGAGCUUGGAGCAGAAGGUUAUCUCAGCUGUGGAACUUUUACAAAAUUACAAAAGAGAACGGGAUGAGUUGCAGGUGGAGCGUGACAAUGCACUUAGAGAAGCUGAGGAGCUGAGGAAAAAACAAGGAGAAGCCUCGAGCGCACACAUGCCUCGGUUCUUCUCUGAGUUCUCAUUGGCAGAGAUUGAAGAAGCAACUCAAGGCUUUAACCCAUCUCUGAAGAUCGGAGAAGGGGGAUAUGGGAGCAUUUUUAAAGGUUCCCUACGUCACACCCAGGUUGCUAUAAAAAUGCUAAAUGCUCAGAGUAUGCAAGGCCCCUCAGAGUUUCAGCAAGAGGUGGAUGUAUUAAGUAAGUUAAGACACUCCAAUCUUGUCACACUCAUUGGUGCCUGCCCAGAAGCUUGCACUCUUAUCUAUGAGUAUCUCCCAAAUGGAAGUCUUGAAGAUCGACUCAGCUGCAAGGACAAUGCUUCCCCUUUGUCAUGGCAGACUCGAAUACGAAUUGCCACAGAGUUGUGCUCCGUCCUAAUCUUUCUCCAUUCCAGUAAACCUCACAGCAUAGUGCACGGUGAUUUAAAACCGUCCAAUAUUCUACUAGAUGCUAACUUUGUUAGCAAACUCAGCGACUUUGGAAUCUGUCGUCUGUUGUCUCGUGGGGAGGGUUCAAGCAACAACACAAUACACAGUUGCAUAACUCAACCAAAGGGCACUUUCGCAUACAUGGAUCCUGAGUUCCUCUCAUCAGGAGAGCUUACGCCAAAGUCAGAUGUUUACUCAUUUGGAAUUAUACUACUACGGUUGCUGACUGGGAAACAAGCUUUGGGGAUAACAAAGGAAGUGCAGUGUGCAUUAGAUUCCGGAAAGUUGGAAAUGCUCUUGGAUCCUUUGGCUGGGGAUUGGCCAUUUGUACAGGCUGAACAGUUGGCUUGCUUGGCAUUAAGGUGUUGUGAGAUGAGCCGGAAGUGCAGGGCGGACCUUGUAUCGGAUGUCUGGAGGGUACUUGAACCCAUGAGGGCUUCAUGUGGUUGCUCAUCAUCAUUCCUGUUGGGUACUGAAGAGCAUUUCCAACCUCCUUCAUAUUUUAUUUGUCCCAUUUUCCAGGAAGUCAUGCAGGAUCCGCAUGUUGCAGCGGACGGUUUCACUUACGAAGCAGAAGCUUUGAAAGGAUGGUUGGACAGUGGUCACGACACAUCGCCCAUGACAAAUCUUAAGCUUGAACACAAGAAUCUCGUCCCUAACCACGCUCUUCGUUCUGCAAUUCAGGAGUGGCUGCAUCAGCGUUGAUCUCUUUAUCCAUUUCUUUGGAUAUUUUUGUUCAACGUAGAUAUUUUGAUGACUACAUACAUACAUACAUAUAUAUUCACGUGUAAAUAAAUUAUGUGGCUUACAGAAGACUGCACGUAUUUGCUCCAACACUUUUUGAUACUUAUUUAAAAUGAUCAUAUUCUUGCUUGAUCAUGUGUAUGUUUGACAUUGGUUACGAUUAUGAUUACGGAAAAACGAUGUUUAUAACAGAAACACUUUUUCA